CAACUGAAGGAGCACCCGCAUUUGCUUCAGAACGUUACAUAUUAUUAGACGGUUAUUACAGAUAACUCUCAGGCUUCUAAAACGGUAGACUGACAAAUGGGUGCCGCGGAGAGCACCGAGGGGGAAAGGGAGCCACUGCUCGCUCCAGCCCAGCCUCAAACGAACACACAGCCAGUGUAUAGUAGAGUCUAUGGAAGAAGAUGGCUGGUUUUGACCCUAUUUUCUUCCCUGGCCUUUAUGCAAGGGAUUGUGUGGAACACUUGGGGCCCCAUUCAGAACUCCGCCAAACAAGCGUUCGGCUUCUCGUCCACUGACAUUGCUGUUUUGGUCCUGUGGGGUCCAGUGGGAUUCUUACCAUGGCUGUUGUUCAUGUGGCUAAUGGAUAAGAAAGGGUUACGGGCGUCGCUUCUGCUCUCAACUGUCUUCAUGGUGCUCGGUUCUGGCCUACGCUGCGUCCCCAUCAGCGAGCUACAGUACCGCCGCUGGUUGAUCCACGGUGGACAGCUGCUUAAUGGUUUAGCAGGUCCAACCAUCAUGGGUGCUGGGCCAUUCCUCUCCACCACAUGGUUUGCUCCGGACCAAAGGGCCACUGCCACAGCUAUCGCCUCAUUGGUCUGCUACCUUGGGUCAGCAUGCUCCUUUCUGGUUGGUCCCCUGGCUGUGCCAGCACCCAAUGACACCCAGAUUGUGACCAGUGUUGUGAACUGGAACCCAAGCCACAUAAGGGAAAGGAUAGACUUUGUUCUCUAUGCAGAGUUUGGACUGAUUGCGGCGCUCUUUGUAGCAGUUCUGCUUUACUUCCCCUCCCGACCGCCCGUGCCUCCGAGUGUGGCAGCAGCCAGUCAGCGGCUCAGCUACAGGAGCAGUAUCUGCAGACUCCUAAGCAACAUGCGGUUCUUGAUGAUAGCUCUGGCCUACUCGGUGCCCACGGGGGUGGUGGCUGGCUGGUCCGGUGUGUUGGAUAUGAUUCUCACCCCUGCUAGAGUUAGCCAGGUGGAUGCUGGAUGGAUCGGGUUCUGGUCAAUUGUUGGAGGCUGCGUCUUUGGAGUGGCUAUGGCCAGGUUUGCUGACUCCAUUCGUGGCAUGCUGAAGCUUAUACUGGUGUUGAUGCUGGCUGGAGCGUCUCUGGCUGCUACUUGGUUUACCCUUACCUGUCUGACCAGACUGACUCACCUGCCCUCCACUAAAGCUACAUUGUAUACCUCCUGCAUCCUGGUUGGCAUCUUCAUCAACAGCAGUGUGCCCAUAUUCUUCGAGUUGUUUAUCGAAACGGUGUACCCUGUGCCGGAGGGCAUCACCUGCGGAGUGGUCACCUUUCUCGGCAACCUCUUCACGGGACUCUUACUCUUCUUCCUCACCUUCUACUUUACAGAGUUGUCCUGGUUGAACUGGUGUCUGACAGGUUCCUGCAUCUUUAGCCUCAUCCUGGUUCUCCUCUUCAGGGAAUCCUACGACCGCCUCUACCUGGACGUGUUCGUCUCAGUCUGA